UGAAGAACACACAAGGAGAAGAGAAAGAGAGAUGGGUUCUGGUUCUGGUUCUGUUCCUCUCUUUGAAACUAGAAGAGCAAAAGGCAAUCUGAUUUACAGGUCCUUUGCCCUUUCAAUUUUUGUGGGUAUAGCUUUAAUCUUGAUAUACAGAGUAGCUCACCUGCCAAAUCAGGGACAAGAUGGGAGAUUCCCUUCUAUCGGCUUGCUGGUUUGUGAGCUCUGGUUCGCUUUCUAUUGGAUAAUCACUCAAGCAGCACGCUGGAAAAUCAUCUUCCGCCAUCCCUUAAAAGAUAACCUUUCUCUAAGAUUCGAGAAAGACUUGCCCAGAAUAGAUGUCUUUGUUUGUACUGCAGACCCUGCAAUUGAACCGCCAUUAAUGGUUAUCAACACUGUUUUGUCUGUCAUGGCUUAUGACUAUCCACCGGAGAAGCUGAGCGUUUACCUGUCGGACGAUGCCGGAUCCGACAUAACCUUCUAUGCUAUGUUGGAGGCGUCUCGCUUCUCAACCCACUGGCUGCCUUAUUGCAGGAAGUUCAAUGUCGAGCCUCGUUCGCCGAUGGCUUAUUUUGCUUCUCAAUCGGUCGUCUCUGUUUCUAGUCAACCAGAAGAAUUUGUAUCAAUCAAGAAAUUAUAUGAAGAUAUGGCUGGAAAAAUCACAAGGGUCACAGAGCUUGGAAAGAUCCCAGAAGAUGUUAAAUUACAGCAUCACAAAGGAUUCUCUAAAUGGGAUUCUUAUUCUUCCCGACGUGAUCAUGAUACGAUCCUUGAGGUAAUAAUUGAUGGGAGAGACCCAAAAGCAGCGGAUACUGACAGUUUAGUGUUGCCUACUCUGGUUUACUUGGCCAGGGAGAAGAGACCGCAAUAUCAUCAUAACUUCAAAGCUGGAGCCAUGAACGCUUUGAUAAGGGUGUCAUCAGAAAUCAGCAAAGGGCAGAUAAUUCUUAAUGUAGAUUGUGAUAUGUACUCUAACAAUUCACAAGCAAUGAGAGAUGCACUCUGUUUCUUCAUGGACGAGAAACAUGGCCCUGAGAUUGCAUAUGUUCAGUUUCCCCAGGAGUACGCCAACGACACCAAGAACGGAUUGUAUGGAAGCUUAAGAACGAUCGAUAUGGAUUUUCGUAGUCUCGACGGGUUAGGAGGCCCUUUGUACAUAGGUUCCGGCUGCUUUCAUAGGAGAGACACCCUUUGUGGUAAAAUACCCAACAAGGAAUUAGGUUACAGCAAAUGGAAAACUGAGCCUGAGUCGAGAACAGAGGAAAGCUUAAAGGAACUCGAAGAAAGAGUCGUUAAUCUAGCAAAUUGCGCUUUCGAAGAUAACAACACCCAAUGGGGAAAUGAGGUUGGUCUGAAAUAUGGAUGUCCGGUUGAAGACGUGAUAACAGGACUAUCAAUACAAUGCAGAGGAUGGAAAUCUGUAUACAUGAGCCCAAAAAGGCCGGCAUUCAUGGGGAUUGGUGCGACAUCAUUGGAGCAGAUACUCGUGCAACACAAUAGAUGGUCGGAGGGAGAUUUUCAAAUAUUUCUGUCGAAACACAAUCCUUUUCUGAAGGGAUUUGGGAAGAUCAGCCUUGGAUUGCAGAUGGGUUAUUGCACUUAUUGUCUUUGGGCUGUUAACUCGUUUCCUGUUCUUUACUACUCCCUCGUGCCAUCCAUGUUUCUCUUGAAAGGUAUUGCGGUGUUUCCUCAGGUCUCGAGUGCAUGGUUUUUGCCAUUUGGAUACGUGAUAAUAGCCAAGCAUGUUGUCAGCCUUAUUGAGUUCUUGUAUUGCGAGGGAACUGCCUUGGGGUGGUUGAACGAACAACGGAUAUGGCUAUACAAGAGGACAAGCGCGUAUCUUCUUGCGUUUGUGGAUACCAUCAUGAGACAAAUUGGGUUCUCCGAGCUCAAGUUUGUGAUCUCGAGUAAGGUGUCUGACGACAAUGAGAUGGCAGAGAGGUACGAGAAUGAGAUUAUGGAGUUGGGAGCGGAGAGUUCCAUGUUCACCAUCUUGGCUAGCUUAGCCAUGAUCAAUCUCUUGUGUUUGGUCUUUUGGGUGGUGAAGAAAUUAUUGGGAUCUAAGAAUGUGGGUUCUUUUGAUGGUUUGGCCUUGCAAAUUGUUCUUUGUGGUGCACUGGUUGGGAUUAAUUGGCCCAUGUAUGGAGCCCUUUUCUAUAGGCAGGAUAAAGGAAAGAUGCCAAGUUCUAUCACGACCAAAUCUUUGUUUUUCUCUGUAUUUGUUUGUACUUUGUUUGCUUUCUUAUACUAAGAUUGUCCAUUAUUACAACAAAAUUGUAUCAUCUCAUUAAUCUAUCCGGUUGUUAAAGCAUUGUA